AUGCAGGUGUUCGAAGCUGAUGAUGUCUAUCCGCUGCAUUCGCUGGACGAUAGCAAGGCGAAUCAGUGCUUUGUUAAUUGGUUGAUGCGCUUCAAUGAUGUGCUGGAUACGGAGAAGUUGAAUGAGUCGCUGUCUAAGUUGUUGCGGAUUGAGGACUGGAGGAAGUUGGGUGGACGGCUGCGGUGGAAGGAGGGUGGGAAACUCGAAAUCCACGUCCCUCAUUCCCCGGGCCUGGAUCACAAAUCAGUGUUCUUCACUCACCAAAGCCAUGAUUGUCGGUUGGGCGAUCAUCCGGUCGCGAGCCAAUUGCCCAGAGAGACAGACACGCCAUCUGUUCACCACGUCACCGAUGCGACGCGACCUUUCGUUGCGAGACCGAAUUUCCCCAGUUUCGAAGACAUGAUUCGGCAAAAUGAGCCCAUGAUCUCCAUGCAUGUGACGUCGUUCAUUGACGCGACCCUGGUUGCAAUGGCUUGGCCACAUCUUUUGAUGGACGCGAUGGGAGGCCAGGCAUUGCUCAAAGGAUGGUCAUCUGUUCUCGCCGGUCGGGAAGAUGAAGUUCCUAAUGUUCUGGGCGCACGAGAGGAUAUCUGUCGACAUCCGCUGAUUACGGGCGCUGAUGAUUCGCUUGAAGAGUUGGCCGCUGAGAGGAAACGACUCGAGGGAUCUGGACUGUUCAUCUUCAUGCUUCGGUUUCUAUGGGAUAAGUUCUGGAACUCGAAAAGAGAGCGGCGUGUUAUUUUUAUACCGAAGGAUGCGUUCGCUCGGUUGAAGGUCAAAACGUUGCAUGAGGUUCUGGAGGCUACCUGUGAUCUGGAGAAAGCACCGUUUGUGAGUGAUAGCGACAUUCUCACAGCAUGGAUUACCAAAUCCUUUGCCGCGUCAGAACCGAGUCAACGCCCCGUGACGGUUUUGAACCUGAUGAAUGGACGUUUUCGGCUCCCACUUCUCGCUCAGUCGGCGGGUGUGUUUAUUCAGAACAUCGUACUGGGCACAUAUACCUUUCUCUCUGGCAAGGUCGGCUCGGAGUCGGUUGGAUCGAUAGCCUUGCAACAUCGACAGCACUUUACGGAGCAAGCAACUGAAACCCAAGCCAUGGCUCUACUCCGACAAAUCUUCCACGACAAGGACGCAGGCCGGGAGCCACGGCUGCUCUUCGGAGAAUCAAAUUCAGUGCCGAUCAUCUUCAACAACUUGCUCAAGGCUAAGAUCAUGACGAUGGCGGAGUUCGGGCCCGCAGUUGUGAGACAAGGUGAACCGGACAAAGCGAGGAAUAACCCCUUGGGGACGAUGGUGAACUAUUACAACGAGGGGGUCGGGCCCGGCUACGUCGGCUAUAACAUCUUUGUCAUGCUCGGUCAAGACCAUGCAGGAAAUUACUGGCUCAUGGGCACCCUGCUGCCGAGAGCCUGGGCGAAGAUAGAGCAAGCUGUCAAGGAGGUUUGA